CCCAUCUAUACCUAUAUAUAUCAUGCAGUCCAUACGCCCCAUCGCAACGGCCGGCGCGCGCCGUGCAUUGCCCAAUGCUCACUCUCGCGCUGCUUCCCUCGUCCCGCGCAUCACCGGCACCCUUCCGCGCCGCGUCGCCUUCUCGAGCGCGACGCGCCUGCGAGCUCUCGCAAGCCCCGUCGAUAUCCCCAAAUGGCUCAAAGAGAACUCGCACCUCCUGAAACCCCCCGUCAACAACUACUGCGUCUGGAAUGAAUCCAUGACCGUUAUGAUUGUCGGCGGCCCCAACGAGCGCACCGACUACCACAUCAACGAGACCCCCGAGUGGUUCUACCAGUAUAAAGGCCGCAUGCUGCUGAAGGUCGUUGACAAGGAUCACAACCCGCCCUUCCGCGACAUCUACAUCAACGAGGGCGAAAUGUUCUUGCUGCCACCGAAUACGCCACACAACCCAGUGCGCUUCGCCGACACGGUAGGUAUCGUCCUGGAGCAGCACCGUCCCAAAGAGAGCGUGGACCGCUUGAGGUGGUAUUGCCAGAACUGUAAGGAGCAGGUGCACGAAAAGAGCUUCCACUGUACAAACUUAGGAACGCAGAUAAAGGAAGCAGUGAAUGCUUUCAAGGAGGAUACGGAGGCCAGAAAAUGCAAGAAUUGCGGCACGCUCUGUGAUGUAGCGCCCAAAAAGGCUUAAAAACUGGUGCGAGACGCCUGGGGAAUGGUGUAGAUAGGCAGAUACCCGAUUGAGUGAACAUUGUCUUGUUUAGAUUCCAGACGAUUUGAAUAGAAGCGCCCGCGUCUAUAGCC